AUGCAGGUGAAGGAAACUACCGUGGUGGUGGUCGGAGGUGGGCCGGCGGGGCUGGCGGCAUCGGUGUGUCUGACCAUGGAAAACGUGCCGAACAUUGUCCUGGAAAGGGACGAUAUCUACGCUCCACUGUGGAAGAAGAAAUCCUAUGAUCGAUUACGCUUGCAUUUAGCGAAGCAAUUCUGCGAGCUUCCUUACAUGGCGUACCCGCCGGAGACGCCGAGGUACGUCCCCAAGGACAAAUUCAUCGAUUACCUGGACAGCUACGUGUCGAAAUUCGGCAUCAAUCCGGUCUGCAAUCGUCGGGUGGUGAGCGCCGAGUACGACGGGGAGGCGGGGCGGUGGAUUGUGGUGGCGGAGAACACUGCCGCCGGGGAGGAGAAGACGUCGGCGGUGGAGAAGUACGUGGCGGAGUUCCUGGUGGUGGCGACGGGGGAAAAUAGCGUGGGGCGGAUUCCGGCUAUCCCCGGCCUGGAGAUGUUCGCGGGAGAAACGCUGCACACGGCGGAUUACAGAAAUGGGAAGAGAUUUCAGGACAAGAGUGUCCUCGUCGUAGGUUGUGGCAAUUCCGGCAUGGAGAUCGCCCUCGAUCUCUCCAAUUGGGGGGCCCAAACCUCCAUCGUCAUUCGAAGCCACGUACAUGUUCUUAGAGACGAGCAUGUGAAGGUGGGAAUGGAGCUGCUGGAGAAGGGGGUGGAGGUGGAGACAGUGGACGAGGUUGUAGUGAUGCUGGGAGACGCCAUUUAUGGAGACCUGAGUGAGUACGGAAUCACACGCCCAUCGGAGGGUCCUUUCCGGAUGAAGCAGUCCAAGGGCAGAUCGGCGGUCAUCGACGUCGGGACAGUCGGCAAAAUCAAAGCCCGUCAAAUUAAGGUAUUCCCGGCCGUCGAGGAGAUCGCCGGAGAAGACGUUCAUUUCGCCGACGGUCGGACCGGCCGGUUCGACGCCAUUGUCUUCGCGACCGGAUAUAACAGCACUGUCAUGAAAUGGCUCAAGGAUGAUGGAGGGCUGUUUGGUGAGAAUGGAAUGCCUAAAAUGAGAUCCCCAAAUCACUGGAAAGGGGAGAAGAAGAUUUACUGCACUGGAUUUGCCAGCGCAGGCCUCAAAGGGAUCGCCAUUGACGCCCUCAACAUUGCUCAUCAUAUUACCACCUCCAUUACGAAUCAACCAACAUAAUUGUCUA